AUGCGACAAAGUCUAGCGGUCUGGAUCGCACUGGCAUGCGCUGUAUCCAGUGCCUGGGCUGCCAAACGGCCUUUCAAUAUACAUGAUGACCUUCUGGCAUAUCCUCAGUAUCAAGUGAUCUAUCCAGACGAAUAUAUCCUUGAUGCCCAAGCAGAAGAGUUGCUCCAAACGCACGCCAGGUCCAAGGCCGACGAGUCGAACAACAACCCUCAAGUUUAUAUGGAUAACGAACAUGCUGAUGUCACUGCCCGAGAUAGUGACGGACCUAUCCAAUCGACGUAUGCAUAUGAAGAAAUGAUCUUGGAUGAUAGACGUUUCAUCUGCCAAAUCCCUCUCGUAGCCAACGAUAAUUUCAACACAACGGCCAGUAAAGAAGCAGAGGAGGCGGACGAACAAAAGGAGCUGGCACGUGCGACAGAUCGAGGCCUUGAACUUCUGCGUGAAAUGGAAGGCAGGUGCAUGUACUACUUCUCCGGCUGGUGGUCAUAUUCUUUCUGCUACAGACAACAAAUCAAGCAAUUCCACGCGCUCCCUGCUGGCCUUGGGACCCCACAGUAUCCCCCAAUAGAGGACCCAAUGACACACUCAUUUGUCCUGGGUCGGUUCUCUGCCGGUUCAGAGGCUGAUGGCAAAGAAGAUCAAGCGCAGAAGCCUGCGACCGGAACUGAUGUGGCGGAGCUACAUACUAAAGGCGGUUCACGGUACCUUGUGCAACACCUGCGCGGUGGUACUAAGUGUGAUUUGACUGGACGUGAUCGAAGAGUCGAGGUUCAAUUCCAUUGCCACCCGCAAUCAACGGACCAGAUUGGCUGGAUCAAGGAACUGACUACUUGUUCAUACUUGAUGGUUAUUUACACAGCCCGUCUCUGCGAUGAUGUUGCAUUCCUGCCUCCACAGAAGGACGAAAUACACAAUAUUGAAUGUCGAGAGAUCAUUGUUCCUGAUGAUGUUUCCGAAUGGGAAGCUGCAAGGGAAUGGUAUGUGGCCCAUGAAUUAGCUGCCGCAGCUACAGCUGCCGCUCAACCCGAUAUUCAGAUUAAACCCGAUGGUCAGAUCAUCGGUGGGAUCGAAGUAGGUGGCCACAAGCUCGUUGGAAUGGAGGGCAAGAAGAUUGAACAAGGCCGAGUCGCUUCAGUGGGCGAAGAGCGUGUCGAAGUUGUCCUAAAACGCGAAAAGGGUAAGGUGCGGCAAAUGUCGAAACAAUCACUAAAGAAAUACGAAAUCGACCCGGAAAAGGUUGAAGAGAUGAGAAAGCAACUGGAAGAACUUGUCGAUGAAAAAGACUAUCAACUGGAAGUAGUAGAGACCGACGGAAUCAUCAAAUUCCAAGGUAGGAUUCUUGACGAGGACGACGAGCUGGAUUCCAUACCCCCACUUCAACAAAAGGGCGAAGAGAAACCACCAAAAGAAUCUGCAUCCAAAGACUCAGCACAGGAACCGACAUCUGGUGACAGUUCCGCUCCAGAUAAACCUGCCAACUCUGACUUAGGAGGGGAUUCAGAAGGAAGUGAGGAAACUUUCAAAGAUGAGCUAUGA